AUGGCUCCUCCCAAGGGCAAGAACCCCAAUCCGAGCGGCCUUGGUCGUGCGAUCAUGAAUCGCAGGGCAAAGGAUGCGCGUAGUCAUCUGGAGUCCGGAAUGUACACCACCGACUUCGAGUCUUCGCGCCUCGCGUCGGUUACCCAAGAACGCGAUUUAGAGGAGUUCUUGAAUACGGCCCAGUUGGCGGGGACGGACUUUACAGCCGAGCGCCGCAAUGUCAAGAUCAUCCAGUCUGGUCCCACCGUCGCCCAUAACCCCUAUCUGCUAUCUGAACAGGAUGAGCGGGAUACGCUCCAGAAGCAGAGCGAGAACAAGCAGCGGCUGCGCGUCCCGAGGCGCCCUCCUUGGACAAAAUCUAUGACUACUGCGCAACUCGAGAGGCAGGAGAAGGACGCCUUCCUAGAGUGGAGACGGGGGAUCGCCGAAUUGCAGGAAAAGGACAGCUUCUUGUUGACGCCAUUCGAGCGCAAUAUAGAAGUCUGGCGGCAGUUGUGGCGCGUACUGGAGCGCUCCCACCUCAUCGUCCAGAUCGUUGACGCACGCAAUCCGUUACGCUUCCGCUGUGAGGAUCUGGAGGCUUAUAUUCAGGAUGUCGAGGGUGCUGAAGGGGAGAAGGGUACCGGAAAGGGCUUGCGGAGGAGUCUGCUAUUGAUCAAUAAGUCUGACUUACUGACUGCGAAACAACGUCAGCAAUGGGCGAAUUACUUUGACGCUCAAGGCGUUGCCUACGCGUUUUUCUCUGCAGCAAAUGCGACCGCCUUACAAGAGGCACGCAGGGAAGCUAUCGAAGCCGCGCGCGCACAAGAAGAGAUUGACGAUGUCGCUGAACAGGAUCUGGAGUCCGACAUUGAGGAUGAUGACAUGGAUGUAGCGGAUGUACUUGAUGCUGCCGAUGCCCCUAGUACUUCCCAGGGCUCGGAGGAAGAUGUGGACGACUAUGCGUCGAGCGACAGUGGAGAAUCUGUGCAAUUACCCGAGGUCGACCCUCUUGAGAUUGCGGAUCCGCGCAUCAAAGUGCUUACCGUGCUUGAGUUGGAGGAUCUCUUCAUCAGAUCAGCCCCUGAUCUCUCGCAAUUCACGGAUUCUAGUGGCCAUCACCCUACCCGUCUCGUCGUUGGCCUCGUGGGAUACCCAAACGUCGGCAAAUCCAGCACCAUCAACUCUCUACUCGGGGAGAAGAAAGUCUCCGUCUCAUCCACACCCGGAAAGACAAAGCACUUCCAGACCAUACAUCUAUCUGAACAUAUCGUACUUUGCGAUUGCCCAGGCCUUGUCUUCCCUCAGUUCGCAACUACCCGAGCGGAUCUCGUUUGCGACGGCGUCUUGCCGAUCGAUCAAUUGCGCGAACAUACUGGGCCCACCGCCCUGGUGGUCAAACGCGUCCCACGGGACGUUCUGGAGCUGACAUACGGUCUUUCCAUUCGCGCUAAAGGUGUCGAAGAGGGAGGCGACGGGCGUAUCACCGCGGAAGACUUUCUCAUCGCAUACGCUGUCGCGCGAGGAUUCUCUCGGUCCGGCAUGGGUAACCCUGACGAAGCCCGUGCCGCUCGGUAUAUUCUUAAGGACUACGUGAACGCCAAACUCCUUUACUGUCAUCCUCCACCGGACACCGACCCGGACGCUUUCAACCAGGAGACCCACACCCAUGCUCUAGAAAAGUACGCGGACAAGAAGCGCGCCCCCACUACUCAUGUUCGCAAGAACGCAGAUACCUAUGUGCCUGCAGAAAUCACCUCCUCGGACGGCGCACCUGUACAAGGCCAUCGCUCGAAGGCUGUCGACGAGAAGUUUUUCGAGGAUGGUACCGGUCUUUCGGCUCGUCCUUUCGUCAAGGGAGGAAGCCAAUUCACGCGCGCUCGCAUUUACCCUCACCAGAAUGCUGUCGCGGAUGAUGGCACAUCUCUUACAGGAAGGCGAGCGCGUGUCGCCGCGUCACGCCUUUUCCUCUCUCACCACCAACACCCCGGCACCCAGCUCGCGCCUGCUCCCCUCAUCUCACCUUCUCUCCAAGCUAUGACUGGCAUUCUCUGCGCGAGGCUCGUCGCCCAGCAAAAGGUGGAUAAUGUACGAGAAGUGAUAAAUAUCGAAAUGAAUAAGCAGGUAACCAUCGGCCGUACGCCGUCCGAAUGCUCAUUUGUCAUUCCUCAUAUUCUCAUAUCUGCCUUACACUGCAAGUUAUACGCCGUCGCCUCGGGGACGGGGGGUGUUAUCGUAUCAUGCAAAGAUGUUUCGACGAAUGGCCUUUGGUUGAACGGGCAUCACAUCAAUAGAGCCUCUGUGAUUCUCAUGGAUGGAGACAUAAUCCAGUUUCCCUCCGGUAAAGUCUUUGAGUGCCACCAUGCGAAGAAGAACUACCAAGAGAAACGCAGUCUUUUUGAGCCGACUCCGCCUUCACGCCCACAGUCAAGGAGUUUCGGAAACUACCUUGUUCUUUCUCAUACGCUUGGAAGCGGUGCCUUCGCGACCGUCCAUCUUGCCAUGGACACCAACCAGCGUCGUCAGCUUGCUUGCAAAGUCAUCAAAACACGCGAGAACAGGAACGAUCUCGGCGCGCUGAUGAAGGAAGUCAAUAUCCUGAGGAAGCUUCAGCAUCCGAACAUCAACUCAAUCGUGGACAUAGAGAACCCGAGUGAAGACACACCCUUCUUGAAGAUCUACUUGCAACUAUGCACUGGCGGCGACUUAUUCACUUUCAUCGUAUAUCACACGGAUACUCAUAGGCAUAUGCACCCAUCUGAAGCGCGCUUCAUCAUGUAUCAGAUACUCCAGGCUCUUGACUAUCUUCACGAGCGUGAGAUCUGCCAUCGCGAUAUCAAGCCGGAGAACGUGCUCCUGUACUCGCCGGGUCAUUUCCCUCGCAUUCAACUUGCCGACUUUGGUCUCGCACGCGUCAGAGCCUUCCAGAGCACCUUCAAUGCCUGCGGAACUGUCUGCUACCUCCCACCCGAAGGAAUUCUAGCGCUUGAUAAGCCUAAUUGCAAGUAUAUCGGCAAGCCUGCGGACUGCUGGAGCGCAGGUCUUGUGCUCUUCAUCAUGCUCACCGGUCAUCACCCUUAUGACGCAGCGGUCAGCCUGUCUAAGUCGGCUACAGUACGCCCGCAACGUUCUAACGGCGAUGAGGACGAUUGUUACGACUACGACGGGAGUCAACUGUCUCAGCGCACCGACAGCUACACGCGCGUAGACGAUCGCACGAAGCAGCGGAUCCUUCAUAAGUCGAUUGAUUACACUGAAUCAUACAUAUGGGAUGAGGUCCCUGACGCUCGUGCCCUGGUCAAGGCACUGACAAAGCACGACUGGCAGCGCCGCGCGACGGUCUCGCAGGCGCUCAACGCACGCUGGUUUCUCGACAACAUACUCGAGAUCCGCCAGAUGUACGAGCAGCGCGUGCUCGAAUGA